AUGCACGAUCUUAUGCAUGAUCUUGCAACAUCAGUGGCAAAAAGUGAGUGUACUUUUAUAAAAUCCAAAAGCCAAAUAGUUGAUGGGAGUGUUCGGCAUUUCUCAAUUAUUGACUCUGAUUUCAACCGUCAAAAAGCUUCAGGAGUUCUAGAUAAUAGAUCAAAGACAGUUCGGUCCCUUAUUUUUCUGAAAGAAUACGAGUAUAUUGGUGUAUCAUUUAUCGAUACAUGCAUAUCCAAAUUCAAGCACCUUCGACUGCUAUACUUAAACAAUACACUUUUUGAAGUCUUGCCAAAGUCUAUUGGUACAUUGAUACAUUUGAGAUACCUUGACUUAUCAGGUAAUUGUUUAUUGAAGAAACUUCCUGAAUCUAUUUGCAAGCUUCAGAAGUUGGAGACGUUCAGACUUUUUAGUUGUUCAGGGCUUAAGAAGUUGCCUAGGAAUAUAGGAAGGAUGAUCUCCCUUAGGCACAUGGAAAUAACCACAAAAGAGCGAUAUCUACGAGAAAAUGGAAUCGGAUGUUUAAGGUCACUUAAAAUUUUGACCUUAUCUGGCUGCGAGAACCUACUAAGAUUGUUUGAAGGGAUGCAAGGUCUCACAAGCCUCCAAAGAUUGCAUCUUGAAUUUUGUUCCCUGACCUCGUUGCCAUAUAGUAUCAAGUACCUCAAGAGAUUAGAGAAGGUAAUGAUUGAUAACUGUUCAGAGCUUGACUUGAAGAUGGAAUUUCAAGGAGAGGAUAAAGAUAACCUUUGCCUGGGAGUUCGAAAAUUUAUAAUUAACAAUCUGCCAUCGUUAGUGGAUUUGCCUCAGCUUAUUCUUCAAGGAUCGGCAAACACCUUACAGUGCAUAAUGAUGAAAAAUUGUCCCAAACUAAAAGAACUACCGGAGUGGCUGCAAAAUCUCACUUCACUUCAAACACUGGAGAUUUUAAAUUGCCAGAGCUUGUCAUGUCUUCCAGAAGGGAUGCAACGCCUUACUGUCCUCAGACAACUGAAGAUUCAAGGCUGUCCUGCUCUGAGUGAAAGCUGCAGACGUGAUGAGUGGAAGAUUGCUCAUGUCCGAGAGGUUCAUCUGGAUCAAUAA